GUGCAGAUCGUUUCACAUCGACACCACUAGCUCCCUUGGAACGACGCCGCACUCUAGAGUCUGAGGCACCUCGCCCUCUACCGUCACGGAAUUCCACCUGGUCAGGGAGCGGUUGUUCUCAACCACAGUAUAAAACUUGUCCGGCCCCGGGAUCAGCGCCGUCACUUCUGUCGAAUAGGUGAUCCCCAGCCUUCAUUUGUUCUAGCACGGCUUACGGGCUCAUCCUUAUACCAUGGUCCAAACCAGCGAGCUGAGGGGCCCUCCCCUCCCUGACACCAUGCCUCCGCUCACGGAUCAGUUCCGCCGGAAUGUCCAGCUCUACCCCGAUACCUUGGCGCUUGUCUGCACACAUCAGCCGUCGGAUUUGUACGGUGUCGGUGUCAGUAGCAGAAGUUGCGAGACGGGUAAACAGGGGCUGCGCUGGACGUAUCGCGAGCUUGACUUGGGUAUCCGGCGGUUCGCUGAUGGGCUUCAGCGACGGGGUAUCGGGGAGGGGUCCCUGAUGGUGAUGUUUGUGACGAACUCAGCCGAGUAUGUGAUUGCGACAUGGGCUGCGUACCGGAUUGGGUGCCUGCAUGUGCCACUCAGUCCCAGGAGUCUGGCGCAUGCGCGCGAGGUCACGCAUAUGGUGCGCACGGCGGUGGAGGCAUGCGAUCCGGUGUCAGUGGUUGUUGUGGCCGGGAAGAGGGAGUGGACGGCCCAGGUUGCGGAACUAAUGCAGGGGCAGGGGUUCGAUUGUCUGAAGAUCAUGGAGGAGGGGGAGGGGGCGGCAGUGGGGGACGAAGCAGAUGGAUGGACGCCGUUCGCCGAGGUUAUGCAAGGGACGACCACGACGAUGGCCCAGACCGACGUGGUCGAAGAUUUUAGCCACGCGGCGCCGGUGGAGUCGUCGAUCUUCUUCACCAGUGGGACCACCUCCCUGCCCAAGGGCUGCUUCGUGCAGGCCUCCGCCUUCCCCACGACUGUCGCCCGCAGUUGGCGCGCGAGCCGUCAACCUAUGCGCCCCGGUGAUCGCGUCGCGAUCGUGCUGCCGAACAACCACGCCUUCGGCUAUAUGUUCCUCAUGGCUGCGUUCGUCAAUGCGGCGACCAUCGUCUUCCCGGGGUCCGGUUUCGUGCCGGAGGCGCUGAUCGAGACGAUCCGGCGCGAGCAGUGUAGCCAUACCGCGCUGGUGCCGACGAUGUUGCAUGCGCUGAGCGGGGUGGCCUUGGCCCCCAAGCAGAAGCUGCAUUCGCUGCGGCGGGUCGUGUUGGCUGGCGCGCCUCCCACGGAGGAAGUGCUCCGCAUCUGUCUCGGCCAUCUCGGCGCGGACGGGGUGGAGAACUUCUAUGGGAUGACGGAGGGGAUCGUGGUUUCGACCGACGCGGCCGAGAGUGUCGACAACGUGGUCAAUGGCAGAGACGUCUCGAUCGGCUUGCCCUUGCCGGGUGCAAGGGUCAAGAUCUGCGCUAAGGGCAGUAGAGUCCCUGUCGCCAUGGAAGCCGUUGGUGAGGUGCAUUUCUCGGGACCCAGUCUGGUAAAAGGGUAUAUCGGAAACAGAGAUGAUGAUAAGUUUUACACCGGCGAGGACGGCCGGAGGUGGUUCUGCACGGGGGAUAAGGCUGUCGUUGGGAAGGAUGGCCAGCUGUAUCUGGUGGGCAGGUAUAACGACACCAUCAUCCGCGGAGGGGAGAACAUCGAACCCUCGGCUAUUGAGGCUGUCCUUGGUCAGACGUCUGAAUUCCACAUGCUCGAGCCUCAGAUUGUGAGGGCACCGGAUAAUGUUGCUGGCGAGGUGCCUGUUGCAGUCAUUCGACAAGAAAUCGGCGAAGAAACGGCGCGGCAGCUCAAAGAUACCGUCAGGGCCAAGAUGGGAGCGCUCUAUGUCCCGGCGGGAGUAAUAUCGGUGCUGUCUUUAGGACUGGAAGACUACCCACGAACCCUCGCCGGGAAGGUGCAAAAGUCAAAACUAACAGAGCUGGUCGAGGCUUAUUGGACAGCCCGGAGGUCUCGAACUCGUAACAGAGUACACAGUCGCGCAAUGCUCGAGAUGAGGCUCAAACAGGCGUGGGCGCGGGCCUCAGGGCUCAAUGAUGCGACUAUGAUCGAUGUGAAUGUUAGCCUAGCGGGAUUUGCUGAUGUCCGCUUGCUCGACUCAAUCAAGGAGCAUCUUUGGACGGACAUGACCAGCAAUGUUUCAUUGGCGGGCUGGAUAGCGGCUGAUACCAUCGCGGAGGAGGUUGACUUAAUAGAGGAUGCUGCCCGGAGUGAACGAACUGAGGAAUCAGACAGUGACCAGGCCUCAAUCGACUCGGUUCCCAACUCAUAUGUCAUCGAGGCAUUGCUGGCAGCCAUUGCAUACGAGAAGGGCGACCAUAUCGACCCGGCCACGCGGCUGAUCGACUUGGGCGUUGACUCUAUCACUUCUAUCGCGCUCCUCAACCAGGUGCGACAAGAGACAGGAGUGUCGCUCCCGUCGUCCCUCUUCUUUACCCCACACACCAUCAGCGAGAUCAUCGACCGACUGCAAUCGACACCCAAUCCAGCCGAUAUUCUCGACUUCGAAUCCGCUUCAGAAGAGAGACCUCGCGAGUGCUUCUCCGCGCUCAUCCAAGGGACCCCCAAACCAGGCGUCCCGUCCUUGUUCAUGACACCCCCAGGCUCCGGAUACGCCUUCUCGUACGAGCCCCUACCCAAGUUCGCCAACGACCUGGCCGUCUACGCGCUGGGAUCUCCAUUCCUCAUGACAAAAUCCGACGCCAGCUGGACGGUGGAAGAAGCCGCCGCCUUGUACGUCAAGACCAUCCGCAAACUGCAGCCCGAGGGGCCGUAUCUGCUGGGUGGCUGGUCGAUGGGCGCGAUCCUCGCGUACGAAGAAGCGUACCAGCUGCGCCAACAAGGCCAGACAGUCAUGGGGAUCCUCAACCUGGACAUGCCACUGCCCCGGCCGGACCCGCACGUGCUCGAACCCACGGUCAAAUUACUGGAGAUCGUCGGGUUUUACCCAGCGAUCCGGCGCGCAGGAAAGCCCGAUAUGGAGAUCCCGUCCUACCGCAGACAGCACAGUCUCGCUUCGGUGCGGGCGAAGCUGAAGUACGCGCCCCGUCCAAUGCACACGGCCUCCGACGAUGCGACACCCGUGCCGAUCUUCGUCAUUUGGGCGGGACAUGGGGACCCGGACCGGCUGCCGUCGGUGCUGGUCGAAGCCGAGGAGAUUCUGCAGAAAUUCGGGCUAGAGACGCAGGAACGGACCAGUCAGGAAUGGCUGCAGACGCCGCGGGAGUCGAUGGGCCCGGGAGGCUGGGCGGAGAUGGUCGGCGAGGAGAAUGUCGAGUGUCGGGUAAUCGACCAUGCGCAUCACGAUACGCUUAUGGAUCCCGAAGUGGUAGAAUGUACGGCGCAUUUGAUGCAGGUCGCAAUUGAUAAAUGGCUGUCUUCUCGAUCUUGAUCCUCGCCUCGAUACAUAGACAUCUGAUUUCCCUUUAUCCUCUCAUAAUAUGACGGUAGCAUUGGAAGCACCGUCCUCGGCCGGAGCAUGAGGCUGAAUUAGCGUACCGCAGGUGGAAAGCUGUUGCGUGCAAAUGGAGUUGUGCUCCUGAACCGAGUGUGAAUGUUUUUAGCGCAUUGAUUUGUCUCACGUCCUGCCAUUCAAGGGACUACUUUAUCCCC